AAAUAACUCUAACAUUUGUUCAAGCUAGCUAUAAUUUAAAGAAUAUCUGGAUAAAAGAAAUUGGUAACGAAAAAGAGAAAAAAAUUAUGAUUAUGGUUAUAAUUUCAAAUAUAACUUUGGAUAUUAUUGGCCUUGUUGAUUUAACUACAAAUUUAAUUUUACAACUACAGAGUCUGAAUUAUCUAAAGCAUACAAAUUUGUUACCACUAUUUGCAAGAACAUCAACUUUUACUUCUGAGAAAAUAGAAAUAGAAAUUUGA